GGAGAUGGUGUGAGUUCCUGGCAUUCAGAAAGGAAGAAGUGCCGGAUGUGGAAGUCUUGUAAAAGACUUGCCUGGAAUUUUACCCAAAUCAUCAGAAGACACCAAUCAAGCCUAUGCAGUAAAAGUGAUGACGUGUUCAUAAAAGAGAAUUCAUAAGAGAAACUUAUAACAACACAGUAAACACCCCAAAUAUGUUUCCUUGUGUCAGUGCGCUUUAGUACUUUAUGAAGCUGUGCGUGUUUUAGCAGAACCACAGAGAUUGUCCACGACACAGUUCAUGAGAAGUGAGAAAGCCACUAAACCACUUUCAGACAAUACACUAUAUGUGAAAAGGAUAUUAUAUACAACACUGUAGCUUCACUUUUGUGCCUUUACUGCCACCCACAGCAAACACUUAUAGAUUAAGAGAUCUUAGACACACAGUCAGUGAGGAAGUGUUUUUGGUAUCUUGGACUUCAUCUAGUGUUGAGUCAACAGUCUCAGUCGAGCUGCAGCAGGACGAAACAGUCGUUCACUAACGCAGCAAUGCAGGACUAUCAUGGAUAUUGUCUUUCCAUCUUUGGAGCUCUAAUGUUUGGGAUUCUUCAGGGUGUGUGUGUUGUUUUAGCUGAUACAAACACAGUGACGGUGUAUAGAGCUACUGGGAGCUCCCUGGAUCUAACACUGAAAUAUCCAAACGAAUCAGUGUCAGCAGUUCAGUGGCUCUACAAUGAGAAACAGUUUGCUGAAUACUCUCAAAGCCAGUACUCACACCAGAAUUCCCAGUUCACUGGACGUUUAAAGGAGGAUAAUGAUAAAGUUGGAGUAAUUCUACAAGAUCUUCAACCCCAAGACUCUGGGACAUUCUCAGUGGUUGUAGAUGGAACUAAAGAACAGUAUCCAACACAAACAUUUACAGUUUAUAUUCAAAACUCCAUAACAGCUGUGCAGAUUGAGAAGAAUCAGACGUGGAAAGUGGCCACAAACAGCUGUGAUGUUGAUGUGACGUGUGCAGCGCUUGGAGCUGAGAGUGUCUCCUACAUGUGGAGCGGCUAUAAGACUGCAAGUGGAGCUCAGCUUCAGUUCAGUCUCUCACCAGCAGAAGGAGACGUUACACUGAACUGCACUGCAGCUAACAACGUCAGCUCCAGUUCUGCUGCAGAGACACUGAGUUGUCCUGAAAGCAAAGAGCUCGAAAAUAGUACAAUAACUGGUGAAUCACAGUUGGUGUGGAUUAUAAUAGCAGGAGCUGCUUUCAUUUUGCUUAUUGCUGUUACUGCUGCUCUGAGCUGCUGGUGGAGAUCUCAAAAAGGUGGCAGUAUUGCAGAGGGUGGAACAACAGUGUAUGCAGAUGUCAAUACUGGAGCCAUUGCUCAGAAAGAUAAACGGUCAGACAGCAUUACUAACGGAAUGACAGUUUAUGAAACGGUGGAUGACCUCAGAAUGACCCCUGAAAUGACUAUUUAUUCUAAGGUGACACUUCCUCAACAUACAAAGGUCAGCGCUACCUCUUCCUCACCGUACCAGCAAGUUUGCUGAACUGUGAAGACACCAACAAACCUUACUUUUCUUAUAAUUUAUUGUGUGUGUAAUAUCCUUUCUUUUGCAAGUUCAUAUAUUGUCUCAUAUGUUACACUGAUUUGCCUUAUUUUCUAAUGUCAUGUUUAAUGCAGUUUAAAUAUCAGAUACAAUCCUAAUGCAAAUACUUGGGACUUGGGAUACUUAACAGUUGUUAUCAUAUAUAGUAUCUACUACUUUACAGUCAUGCAGUCUUAUACACUCAUUUUCAAAUAAAAUCAUAAUAAAUAUCAUGCAAAAUAUAAUUGUGCAAUCUGAUCACUUAAGACAUAACUGAUCUGGUCAACAUGACCAGGUACUUCACUAGUUUUCAGCCUGGCAUAAUGUCCUGUAGUAAUCUGUUUGUGCAUGUGGAAAUGUCUAAUGACCCAGUUGAUAAAAGAACCUCUCAGCUCCCAAGCUCAUGAUUUCAUGCAUUUAGUCAACAAGUGGGCUACAUUUCAUCAUAAAAACAUGAUUGAUUCAGCUGAAGUCCCAUUGUUCUCUUAUGACAGCUUGACAGCUGUUAUGACAGCUGUUGAUGGCAAAUGUACUGGAAGUUAAUGACAAUGACACCAUGUAUCCUAACAAGAUGCCAAGGCCUUGGACUCUGUGCACUUACAUGUUUUGAGGAGAAAAAUCCUGUGAAAGAGUUUAAUGUGUUUCUCUACUAGAUGGUUAAAAUGUAUAUUUCUCUCAUUGCAAGUACUCAACAAAGACUACCUUGCUUACCCUUAUAAAUAAUCUCAGAUUGAACUGUACACUGUACUAUAUAAACAUUUAAAUUAAAUUAGUUAUAGAUAGUUGCUUUUAUUAAAUUUAUGUAAUAAUAUGUAGUUAAUAUGGCCAUGCUUUUAUCAACAUUUUCUGACAAAAAUGAAUUUAUAAAUAUGGUAUUUAUGGUUGGUAAAACCAGCAUAAUUUUAUUUGCCAAGCAUGUUUUUCUUUUUCUUAAAAUUAUUACUUAUCUACUGUUAUCAACUGGAUUAAACAAUUAAAAAAUAAUUUGCAUUUCACAGCAAAUUAAAAACCAACUGAAAUUUUUUUUUUUUUUUUUAACAAUCACCUCUGUCUAUAUUCAACUACAGCUAACAACUACCGUAAAUGUCUGUGGCAAUAGCUUACAAGGUUUUUUUUUGCAUAUAAAAUUGAGGUUUUUGUAACCCUAAAUAUAUAUGCCUUACUUUCAUAUUGCAGUACUUUUGCAGGGAUGGUUAACCAAAUCAGGUGCGUUUUAAAAAAGGAGUUUGUAAAUAAGGAAUAAAGCACUUGAGGGCAUACUUUUAUAGGAAACUAGUCAACAAUGGGGUGCUGUGGGUGAUACAGCCCAGUGUGGAGCAGAGGUGUUGUUACCAACCUGAGGUGGUGACAGAAGUGUAUGUUAUCCACCUUUAAGUGAUCCUUGCCACUGCAUUGCAUUUCACGCUGACAUUCUGUUUAAGAUAUUCCACACUCAAUAGCAAAACCUUCAUUGCUGUUAUAGGUUAGGUUAAGUUAGGUUCAACUUUAUCGUCAUUGUCAGAGUACGAGUACAGAGACAAUGAAAUGCAGUUAGCAUCCAACCAGUAGUGCAAAUAGCAAAUAAAUUAAAAUGAGGUAACAAGGUUAUGGUGCAAUAAGUUAACAGUGUACAGUGGUAAACAGUAUGAUGCAUAUCGGUAAUGCAAGUGGCAAUUAAAUUAAAUGAAAUAAAUAAGAAUUAUGGUGCAGUUAGUUGAGAUAAACAGUAUACAGGGAGUGGUAAGCAGCAUGAUGCAUGCAAUAUGAUGCAGCUGAUACAUACAGUAGAUAAAAAAAUGCAGAUGUGCACGAAGUCAGCAUUUCAUUCUUAAAAAACGUCCUGUUGAUUAUUUUUCCACUGAAGAGCUCAAGUGUCAUUGUCUGUGAAUGAGAAUGUUACAAAAUCCUUGUUUGAUGAAUAAAUUAUUUCUCUGUAAUACCCCUUUGUUUAUUUACAUUUACAUUUAUAGUAGUCCAACGUAGUCCAACGUCUUAACCACUGAGCUACCACUGUUUACAUGUUUAUAUGGUUUAGUUGUUCUGUAUGUGUUCUCUGGGUCUCUGGGUCACCAAACAAAGUCUGUUAUUGCUGUGUGCAGUAUGUGCAGUCUUUGAAGAACAGAGUUACACUGUAUUAUUACAUGGUUACAUGGUUAUAUAUGGAAGAGCUAAGCUGUCUAUAACCCCAAAAAUACACUUUUGUGUAUUAAAUAAAGAAUACCAACCCCUAAUGUACAUAUUUUGAAAACUCUUUGAAGAAGAAGCUUUGUUUGGAGGAUGAGAGAUGCACAGCACAUGUAGAAUUAUGUGUGUUAAUUUAUGGUGCAAAGCUACAGUGUGUUGGAGGAGCUCCUCAUCCUAUUUAACCCUCCUGUUAUGUGAAAAUUUCAGCACCGACUUUAAUGUGUAGGGUCAUAUUAUGAUAAA